CCCACACGGUGAACUGGGUUGGCAUUUCGAACUGCGACAAGACGAUGGUGGCCGGCGAACUGCUGUGCGCACACGCAACACUAUCAGAGAAUUUGUGUGUCACCGUCUGGCCAUUCGUUACGAAGGAAUCAACGUCCACAGGCAUCAAAAAUUCAGUCUGAUACACAGUGCUGGUUUUCUGUUUCAAAUGUACGUCUGCGACCAAUACGUACGAAUGGAAACAAUCAACUUUCGGUUCAUUGAAAUCAAUCAGCGAGCCCUAUUUGCCGAAGCGUAUCAGGGCCUGGUGGAUCACGUCAACCAGCAGUUGCACGUUGAAGAACCUGUCUCGGUUGGAUGCAGAAUGAUUUUGCCGUCGACCUUCACUGGAGGUCCGCGUUACAUGAAACAGACCUACCAGGAUGCAAUGACCAUAGUGCGCAAGUACGGCAAACCCGACCUGUUCAUUACCUUCACUUGCAAUCCUGGGUGGCCUGAGAUCGUCAGCAACAAAGGAAAGUUUUCAGUUGCAAGUGACAGACCCGAACUGGUGGCAAGAGUGUUUCACGUUAAAUUCAAGCAGCUCAUGUCAGACACAACUGAAAACAGAGUGUUUGGUAACGUAGACGCAUAUGUUUACACUGUUGAGUUUCAAAAACGCGGUCUGCCACACGCACACAUACUCAUCAUCCUUAUGGUAGUGUCUUCCUUUGUACAUAAUCCAAUAGCUAAUACUGGAAACUUUCUUUCUCAAUUCCAAAUAGUCUCUCAAUCACAUUUCUAA